AUGAAUCAAGUACCUGCAUAUCGUUCUUUAAACUGGCAUGACCCGUGUAUCACAAUAAAAUGCAGUGAGCUUGGAUUCUGUUACUACUACAGUAAUAAAAACUGGAUGACGGGAGCAAUCUUUAAAUACAUUUGCAUGGUUAUUGAUAGUCAAGCAAGAAAUUUGAAUCGCAAAUUUCUGAUCCUGCUUGACAAUGCUCCUUGUCAUAAUACUACUGCCUCAUAUAUCAAUCUCGGAUUCUUAUAUCUUCCACCAAACACAACAUCAUAUCUCCAACCUUUAGAUGCCAGUAUUAUCCAAAACUUUAAAGUUAAAUACCAGAACUAUCAAUAUACUCUUGGAACUGGUAGAUAUAUCUCUGAAAAGAUUGAUAACCCUGAUAACCUCUCCAAGUUAACACAACUUGAAAGCAUGAAGUUUAUUUUGAGAGCUUGA